CCCUCUUUGGAGGACGCCCUCACCUUGCUACUGCACUCGCUCUCGCUACUUACUCACCACUGCAUCACUCACUCUCGACACUCCUUCGCUCACUCCCUCUACACACCAUCACCAUCACCCUCAUCUCUGCUUUCCCCCAUAAUCUCAUCAUCUUCAUCCGACCUUUCCCAGUCUCCCGAGCCCCUCCAUCAUCCAAAACCUUCUGAACAGACGUGCCCCUUCCCCCGCAAUCCUAUCUAUGCCCUCGCUGUUCUACCAGACCCGCUGCGUACACAUCCCGCUUUCAGCCCCAAGCAAAGCAGAUCUACAAUCAGCAGAGACAUGAUCGUUCACAUAGAUUGAGACUGCUCUCACCUUGGCCUGCACCCCGUCGUCUCACGUACAUGUCGAUUUCCGUCCUUGUCGCCUACGCUUCAUCACCUUCUCCUACCCUCUGACACAACGCCCGCGCGCACCCUUGCCCACCCGCCUCUCCAUAACGACCGCUAUGAUUUCUGACGAGCAUUACGAAUUAUGUCGCUCUAUUUUAGACGACUCUUCAAUAGAAGAUGAAGACAAAACAGAUCGGUUGGAGGAUCUCCUCCGCUCUCAAACCAAUCUCAAGGGUACCGCCCUCGAGAACGCCGUCCUAGACGCCUUGUGGAAGCACCGUAAUGCUGCUCGUGGAGAAACAACCGAAACUCCCAUGCGACACAAUGUCAUCCGAAAGUCUUCUCCUGCGCCAUGGCAAUUGCAUCGAGCCCCAACUCCCCUAGGCUCUCCUCCACCCUUGUCCUCCAGUCCAUCCCUGUCCACUGGUUUUCCAGCCUCGAGGCCUAGUUUUUCCCGUCAAAAGUCCAGUAUACAUUCUCCCUUUGGUUCCCCUCGUCCGUCGCCACGUCUGGCCCUAGCUCAACCCAUUCCUCACUCCCCCAGCCUAAACGCCUAUGAAUUCUCGGACGCGGCCCCAACCCCUGACAUCUACGGCGACUUUGGCCACGAGAACGUGGAUUGGCUUUUGGCCGACGACACCGCCAGCAAUGCUUCCUCUAAUGCGACUGCCAACCUGAGCGCGGCCGCUCCUGAAUGGUUACCCCAGCCAGACAUGAGUCCCUAUGAUAUCCUUCGCUCAGUUCUAGGAGAUCGCAAGACCGACGACGAGAUCGAAGAAGCCCUGACCAAGAACUCGUAUGAUUUGGGCGCCAGUAUUGCUGCCCUGUUAGGUACAGACUCUGCUGACACCCAAUAUACUGGCGUUUCCUCCUCGGACAACAACGUCUUGGUUGGCAAGUCUAUGACUGUGAACCAAAUCCGUCCUUCGACCCCAGGCUCGGUCAAGAGUCCCGUGGUCUGUAAAUAUUGGUUAGCCUCAGGGUCCUGUCUGCGUGCAGAUUGCCGCUUUGCUCAUGAUACGAGCGGCUAUCUUUGCAAGUAUUGGAUGCAGAACAGCUGUUUAGCUGGCGACGCAUGCCAAUUCUCCCACGACCCUGCUCUCCUCCUCAGUCAUCUCAAUGUCGGGGACAGCUCUACUUCCCAGACAUUUCAACUUCAAGACCAGUUUGAUCAAUUUCCCUCGCUGUCCAAUUCGAACGUCCGCAAUGCCCUCCAAGCCGGCCUCGCUGCUGGCAACAACUUUGUCCCCAGCAGCCAGCGAAAUCGAAGCGCUCUUGGCAACUAUAGCAGUAGCUCCCGGCCACAAUCUCGGCCAAAUUCUCGCCAUCAGAACCGUCCAGAGACGCCUUCGUCUCUGUCCAUGGAUGAUCCAGAGGCGUUCCCUUCUCUGGGUUCUCUGAGUGCCAAACGCGGCUCAAAACAUCAUGGCCAUCGAUCAAGACAUGGCCAGCUCGAGAAGGAUAUGCCUUCCUCGCUUGCUGAUGUGGUGCGCAUGUCACCUUCACCAGUACCUGGACAACAGCGCAAGCCCGAGCCAGGCCGCAAAAUCCGCACAUAUGGCGGUUCAGAGAGCGCAGCCGCCCGCAAAAUCCCCGAGCCGCAACAUAUCCCAUGGCUUGAAACUGGAGGUCGUGCUAAUCAGCAAUACUUGAAGUAUCGACAAGAGGCAAUUAAACAUGGCAGCAUUCGUAACAAAUUCCUUCAGAGUGCUGCACAAGCGUGGAACCGCAACGACGCGCGUGCCGCCAAAGCCUUGUCUCUGCGUGGACAAGCAGAGAACGACGCGAUGAGAAAGGCACAUCGAGAGGCGGCCAAGGCCUUGUAUGAGGAGCGUAACCAGCAUCUAUCGGUGGGGCCAGUAGAUGAGGAAGAAGAGCUCUAUGUUGAUCUCCAUGGUCUUCAUCCUGAGGAAGCGAUCGAAUACCUGGAAAACAUCCUCCUCAGCCACUCAAAGCGGGGCCGCCGCAUCGUCUAUGCCAUCACCGGAACAGGACAUCACAGCAAGAAUGGCAAAGAUAAGGUGGGCAAAGGGGUGCGCAACUGGCUGAAUGAGUGGGGAUACACGUUUCGUGAGUUCAGUGUACCGGGAGAACGCGGUGGCUACAUCGGAGGAGUCUUGGGCGUUGAUAUCACGAGCCACAGACGUCAACCCUUGUCAGCGGAAAGUGGAUCUGAAAGGAAAGAGGACGAGGAAGAAAGUGAGUCGCCCACACCAACCCCAGCGACAACGGUGAGUAGCUUGGGCGGUAAGAUUCAAGUCCUGAAGCGGGAGGAAGUCCCUGCAUAAGCACUUGGAAUGUACUCGUCUCAGUUUAGAUAUGGAAUGAUGGGGCCCAUUGUCCCACUUAGACUACAGGAUUGACCGUCUGAUGGUACCCUCCAUAUACCAAGCGGCAGACUGAUAGAUACACUCCACGCUCAACCUUGAACUCAUGA